AUGGCAGGUGCUUUUGAAGCCGAGACUGCUUUACAUGCAAUCGUCCCAAAUCACGUUCCCAAGCCGACUGCAUGGGGCACGUACAAGACACAGCCUGACAUUCAUUUCUAUCUCUGCGAAUUUGUGGAGAUGUCGGAUCGCCUUCCGAGCUCUCGUCAAUGGGCAGAGGCUACAUCUCAACUUCAUGUCCGAAGCGCCGGGAAGUGUCCCCAAGGAAGAUCCAAAUUCGGUUUCCAUGUUACGACGCAUCUCGCCAACAUUCCUAUUGACAAUUCAUGGCAUGAUUCCUGGGAAUCAUUCUGGGCCUGGCAGAUGAAGUCGUUGCUAAAGCAUGAAGAAAGAAUAAGGGGACCAAAUCAUGAAUUCUCCAGGCUUAAACAAUCCUUCUUUGAUAAGGUUAUUCCGCGCCUGCUUCGACCCUUAGAAGCACGCGGUAGAAGAAUCAAUGCUUGCCUCAUCCAUUCAGACUUAUGGCCUGGAAAUGUUAUGCACAAGGCGGAGGUGAGGGACCUCGUUAUGUUCGAUAGUUGCCCAUACUGGGGGCAUAACGAAGCGGAUCUUGCAGUAUGUCGAAAUCCUCGCUAUCGCCUGGGCAAGGCCUAUGUCGAAGCGUAUAGACGAUGCAUGCCAGAGUUCCCUUCUCACCCUACAGAAGAUUUUGAAGAUCGAAACGCUCUUUACGCCAUGAAGUUCCACAUUCUCCUCUCGAUCCUUUACCCCAGUGACUCACGCUACAGGCGAAUCCUUAUGGACGAAAUGAGACAGCUCGCCGAAAAAUUCCCCACCGGGUACGCCAGCUAUGAAGAAAAAGAGGAGAUCGAAAUCGUCGAGGAACCUAUACUCUUAAGUUAUAUUGAUCCCAUUGCGCAGGAGGAAGAUCGAAAGAGACGAUCCAUGAAGAAACAGCGCGAGUCUGCAGUUGAACGAAGUAUCCCACUAUUGGAGGUAUUACUGUUUGGGAUUCUGGCUAUCUUGAUUGCUUUGCCAUUGGGUUUUGGAUUGUUUCCGCCUGAAAAGCAGCAGGUUUAA